UAAAGAUUUAAAACGUAAACUAGGACGUAAUUUUUUUUAAAAAAUCCGACAUGUAUGCCAACGACUUCCCCCAGCCACGCGGAUGACGGCGCGUAUAUUUCACUCGCUGAAAUUUCAUUUCUUCAUCUGUGUCGAAUUCGAAACGAAUCUGAAACCGCCACACACAGUCGCCAAAUCCGCCGAAAAUGUCUCUCUCGCUACCCUCUUCUUCGAGUGCUGCUGCUGCGGCGGCGGCUUCGACAUCGGGGUCAUCGUCUUCUCCUGCGGCCCCUUCGUCUUCCUCCACGACCACAUCCUGGUUCUCCGGAAUCGUUCGCGGCCGUGGUGAAAAAUCCGGCAGCGGGAAGCUAUCGAAAAGCGCUUCCAUGGCGGGAGGCGGAAGCGGAGAUUACGGUGGACCCAUCAAAGGGAAGAACCAAUUUCGCGGAGUUUUGUUCAAAUACGGUCCCAAAUCAAUUCAGGUGGCUUUUAAGACCGGAGAGUAUAAACAACAAGUGAUAUUUAUCGGUGGAUUAACCGAUGGACUUUUAGCAACCGAUUACUUGGAACCUCUUGCAAUUGCGUUGGAUAAAGAGAAAUGGUCACUUGUUCAACUACUGAUGUCGUCUUCAUAUACUGGAUUCGGCACUUCCAGCUUGAAACAAGAUGCACAAGAGAUCGACCAGCUAAUAAGCUAUCUCAUCAAUAAAGAAAACUCCGAAGGCGUUGUUCUGCUUGGUCAUAGCACUGGCUGCCAGGACAUUGUGUAUUAUAUGGGAACUAAUGCUGCAUGCUCCCGAGCUGUCCGAGCUGCAAUUUUGCAGGCACCGGUCAGCGAUAGAGAGUAUAAAGCAACACUUCCCGAAACACCAACUAUGAUAGACUUGGCUGCAAACAUGAUAAAAGAAGGCCGAGCGGAGGAGAUGAUGCCUAGAGAAGCUGAUCCUUGUGCUCCAAUCUCUGCUUAUAGAUACCACUCCCUUUGCGCUUACAUGGGGGAUGACGAUAUGUUUAGCUCUGACCUUAGUGAUGAUCAGUUGAAAACUAGACUUGGGCAUAUGGCUAACACACCUUGUCAGGUGAUUUUCUCCAUGGGUGAUGAGUAUGUACCGGAUUAUGUCGACAAAAAAGCACUGGUUAAUAGAUUAAGUAAAGCAAUGGGAGGAGCAGAGAAAGUGGAGAUAGAGCAUGGGAAUCACUCUCUCUCCAAUAGAGUUCAUGAAGCUGUUCAAGCCAUUAUUGGUUUUGUCAAAAGAGAAGGACCCAGUGGUUGGGAUGAUCCUUGGAGCUAAAUCUGCAUUUUUUCCAAUCUAUAAGGAUGAAAAUUACCAAAAUCUCAAUCUCAUGAAUUAGCUUCACUUCUUGGUUGAUUCAUCAUCAUCUCCCCUUGAGAGUAAAGAUAAAGGAAUAUGCUUUUCUCUUUCUAUUCUGGUAUAUACUUGAAUCACACAAAAAAAAACAAAGAAAUUGGGUCCUUGUUAUAUAAUCCUCAGUUUCUUUUGUUGCUUUGUUUUGUCGUCAAUCAACAAUAUUGUUUUUCUUAUUAUAUAAUCUUCGAUACGUCUCGUUUUGCUGAUUUGAAUUCAUAUGAACUUUUAGCAGAUUUGAACAGAAA